AUGGCCGGGUGUUCUGGAACAGCAUGUCCCUCUUUCCCCGUCUUCUGCAUCCCACACUCCCUCGGGCCUGCUGACCCUGCGCUCUUCGCCUCCCUUCCUCACAAAGACCAACACGCCGGGCUCAUCCAGGCGCCGAAGUGGGCCGCUGUGUGGGACGCAAGGUCUGGUGCGGGCGGCUUCCUGGUGACCAAGCCCAAGGUGCAUCACGAUGACCCGGCGACCAUGGAGUGA